AUGCCUAGAAGCUAUGUUCAGAAUAUAAUUGAUCAAACCAAUGAUCUAGUUACUAAAUGUUUCAACAACCAUUUAAAAGACAAAGUUCUUAACACCUUGAAGCAGUGUGCAGCUAGUAAGGAAGAGAUUUCUGAUAUAGAAAAGAUGUUUGAUUCAAUUAAUAAUUCAUUUAGUCAUCUAGCAACAGAACAUCGGAGAUUUAAAUACUUUACUAGCUGUGGGAAAUUUAUCCCCCCUGAAACUCAUGUGAUAGGUGAAAACCUAGUACCUGUUAAAACUUCUAAAGGUAUCAUUAUGAAACCCAAAUUGUUUAAAGUACAAAGUAUCCCUCUUAAACAUGUGUUAAAGGAAUUUCUGGAACUUCCUGGCUGUUUUUCGGCUGUUAUUAAUUAUCUUCAGUCCCUUGAUACUGAAAAUCCAGAUGUUCUUGAGAACUUUGUACAAUGUUCAUCGUGGAAAGAAAAACGUGCCAAGUAUUCAGAUGAUGAUAUUGUUUUUCCAUUAUUUGUUUACUUUGAUGAAGUUCAAAGUAACAACCCAUUGGGCUCCCAUUGUAAGUUGCUCGGGGCAGCCUAUGUAUCUCUGCCUCAUCUUCCACCAGAAUGCCAGUCAGCUGUUGAGAAUAUUUUGUUGGCUCAUCUCUUUGAUAAUGUGUGCCGUGAUCACUAUUCAGAUGACGUUGUGUUUGCUGCUCUGAUUUCUCAAUUAACUGCGUUGGAAAAUGAUGGAAUUUUGAUUUCCACUCCUGAUGGCUGUAAAAGAGUUUAUUUUGUCUGUGGGGCUUUACUUGGUGACAACAAAGGCCUUAAUUCUAUAUCAGGUUUAGUUGAGGGUUUUACUGCAAACUACUGUUGUAGAUUCUGUAAAUCUCAUAAGAAUGUCACUCAUACUCAGUCUGUUGAAGACUCCAGUACUUUACGUACUAAAGAUGAUUACACCAAUGAUCUAGAAGUUGGUAAUGCUCGACUCACUGGAGUGAAGUUUGAUUCAGCUUUUAAUCAAAUACCUUCUUUUGAGGUUUCUUCGAACUAUGUUGUAGAUGGAUUUCAUGAUCUCGGAGAGGGAAUUUGUCAUUAUGUUUUAUUACAUGUUCUGCACACUUGUGUCCCGAAGUACUUCUCCCUUGAUAUUUUAAAUUCCCGUAUAUCUGUAUUUGAUUUUGGUUUGAGUGAAUCCAACAAAUUUCCUGAAAUAUCAAGUCUUGACAGAGACAAGCUAAGAAUGUCUGGGUCAGAAACGAUUUUGUUUGCAAAAAUGCUAGGUCUUCUUGUUGGAGAUUUUGUUCCAGAACGUGAACCUGUGUGGUUGUUACAUUUAAAAUUGCUUGCAGUUUUGGAUGUUGUUUUGUGUAAACGGGUUCCUAAACAACUGUGUAAAUCUUUUUCAGUUCUUGUUAGAGAAUUUAAUGAAAUGUACGUGAAAGUAACUAAAGACACACUUAAACCCAAAUUUCACAACCUUGUUCACUAUGGACGAGUCCUUGAAAAUAGUGGCCCAAUUGAGUUGCUAUCCACCCGGAGGUUUGAAAGCAAGCACCGUUCUCUGACAAUUCCAGCAAAAGCUACUAGUUCUCGUGUGGAUAUUUGUAAAACUGUAGCUAUCAACCACCAGCUUAAUUUGUGCUACCGUUUUCAGUCAAAAAAAACAUUUAUGCCUAGUCUAGAGUGUGGUCCUCUAAAUUUUGUAUUUCUCUCGGAUGUUGAAUUUUAUCAUGAUUUUUAUAAAUGCUUACCCAUCUCUGUUAAAGAUAAAGAUGAAGUUGUUACUUGCAACUGGGUUAGCUAUAAAGGCACCCUUUAUAAACCUGGAAUGGUUCUCCUACUUGACCUGAGUAAGUAUGAUGGUAUGCAGCUAUUUGGUGAAUUGAAAGAAAUUAUUGUUCAAGAAGACUCAGUCUACUUUUUGUGUACACGUUUCCUUAACCUUGGGUACAACUCUCAUUUGCAUGCAUGGUGUGUCGAAUCAACAAAUUUAUGGGUGUGUAAGGAACCAAUUGAGUUGUUUGACCCUCUCCCUCUCUCUAUUCAUUGUGAUGUCAAUUGUGAUAAAUAUGUUGUAAUGCGGUACAUUGUAUCUUGA